CGCACUCCUGCCCUGUCUCGGCAGGGCCUGGGGGGGCCAUGUCCCUCAUCCCAUGGCUUCGGUGGAAUGAAGGCCCCCCGCGGCCGUCAUCCCGGAGGCCGGCUGAGAUGGUGCUGGACACGCUCAUGAUGGAGCUGGCGGGGCAGAUGCGAGAGGCGGAGAGGCAGCAAUGGGAGCGCAGCAAUGCGGUCAGGAAGAUCUGCACCGGGGUGGACUACAGCUGGCUGGCCAGCACACCCCGGCCCACCUACGACCUCAGCCCUGGCGAGCGGCUGCAGCUGGAGGACGUCUGUGCCAAGAUCCACCCGUCCUACUGCGGGCCCGCCAUCCUCAGGUUCCGGCAGCUGCUGGCCGAGCAGGAGCCCGAGGUGCGGGAGGUGUCCCAGCUCUUCCGCUCGGUGCUGCAGGAGGUCCUGGACAGAAUGAAGCAGGAGGAGGAGGCCCGCAAGCUGACGCGCCAGUGGAGCCUGCGGCCCCGCGGCAACCUGGCGCUGGCCACCUUCAAGACCCGCGCGCGCAUCUCUCCCUUCACCAGCGACAUCCGGACCAUCUCGGAGGACGUGGAGCGGGACACGCCGCCGCCGCUCCGGACCUGGAGCCUGCCCGAGUUCCGGGCGCCCAAAGAGGACUGACCCGUGCCCUACCCUGCCCGGGAGCCGAGAACACCUGCGGGAGGGCAUGAUAGGCCGGUGACCGGGUCCGAGUCCUGGAGCCUCCCCACCUGCCCUCGACAAGGGGCCCAAGAGGUGGCCCCGUCCCAAGACAGCCCUGUAAGAUGCAGCAACCCUCUGGCCCACACUCUGCCACCAGCCACACGGCUCAGGGUCAGGGCUUGGAGCCGCAGCGGGUCCCCCUCCCUCCCUGGCGAAAGUGGAAAGUCGGCUGCAGCGUCCCCUUCCCUGCCUCGCAGAGAUUCAGGGUUUUGGCAGACAGACCCCGGCCCCAUCUGUCCGGAAGGGGAAGAGUUACCCUUUUUGCCAAGACCUGGGUUCACACCCCCAAUUCAAGGAUGUCCUACUCACCCCCUCACCCUGGGUAAUGUGGGACUUGUUGGGUGAUGUCCAUUCUUUGCUGUGACUGGCUGGUCUCUCCGCUGCAGAUAGGUCACAGCCCCAUGGUCAGGCAGAGCUGAAAGGGACCACAAAGGCCAAUAGGUCCACUGUCC